UGGAGUCAGUCCAGGGGCCGGUGACCUUCAAGGAGAUGGCUAUGUAUUUCACCAGGGAAGAGUGGGCUCUGCUGGACCCCACUCAGAGAGCCAUCUACUGGGAUGUCAUGCAGGAGAACUAUGAGACUGUGACCUCGCUGGGCCAGAGAAUAACAUCCAUGUUUCGCUGCAGAUCAUCUCGUCCUCCCAGGGGCAAGGAAAUGGCUGCAAUGGAGCUGGCUCAGGGGCCGGUGACCUUCGAGGAGGUGGCUGUGUAUUUCUCCAGGGAAGAGGGGACUCUGCUGGACCCCACUCAGAGAGCCCUCUACAGAGAUGUCAUGCAGGGGAACUAUGAGACGAUGGUCUUGCUGGCGGAGUUUCUGGUUUUCCAACGUGAUAUGAUCUCCCAGCUGGAA